CUUACCUUAUUGACCUGUCAUCGAGUUAUUUCUGAAACCCAGCGACAACAGCAGAAGCUAGAGACGCGAGCAAAGGCUGAAGCGAGAAGAAUAUUAACAAGACUACUAAAAUCGCUAGCCACACAUUCAGCAUCGUCCUUGUUUGCUGCUAUAUCUCAAAAUUAUUCUUUUAUGGUGUCGGUGAAUCCGAACCCAGCUCAAGGAUUCUACUUCUUCGAUGCCACCAAGAUGGGGCUUCCCGGUGUCAAUCCUACGCCCCCACCUCCGGCUACUGCCACGGCUUCUUCUUCCACGGCCACUACCGCCGGCGUCAGUGCGGCUUCCUACGGGGAGGAUCUAAGCAAGAAGAUCCGAAAACCAUACACGAUUACCAAGUCCAGGGAGAGCUGGACGGAGCAGGAGCACGACAAAUUUCUCGAAGCUCUCCAAUUAUUUGACCGUGACUGGAAGAAGAUUGAAGCAUUUGUUGGUUCAAAAACUGUAAUCCAGAUACGGAGUCAUGCACAGAAGUAUUUCCUGAAAGUUCAGAAAAAUGGAACAAGCGAACAUGUACCUCCACCUCGGCCAAAAAGAAAGGCUGCUCAUCCAUACCCACAAAAGGCACCUAAAAAUGCAGCUCCAUCUGUAUGCCAAGUUACAAUGCCAUUGCAGUCUUCAUCUUCUUCCAUUGAGCCUUUAUACAUUUAUGGGCCAGACUCAUCAUCUGCACUUGGAACUCCAGUUAACAGUGUGCCUUUGUCAAAUUGGACUUGUAAUGUUAUACCACCAUCCAAUGCGCCACAAGUGACUAGAGAUGAGGUGGGAUUGCCUGGCCAAGCCGCUUCUCUAAAUUGUUGCUAUAGCAGUAGUAAUGAGAGCACUCCAAGGGCUUGGCCAAGAAGCCAAGUUAUUGAUCAAGGAAACUUAGGCAAGCCAAUCAAAGUAAUGCCGGAUUUUGCACAAGUCUACAGCUUUAUUGGUAGUGUGUUUGAUCCAAAUGCAGCAAACCACUUGGAGAGACUGAAACGGAUGGACCCAAUAAAUGUGGAAGCGGUGUUACUAUUAAUGAGAAACCUCUCCAUCAAUUUAUUGAGUCCCGAAUUUGAGGAUCAUAGAAGGUUUCUUUCAUCGUACGAUCCUGCCUCUGAGAAGGUGAAGUCUGGUAAUCUCUGUAGCAAUCCUCUAACGGACAAGUCUCACAGUGCAAUUCUGUCUGCUUAAAGCAUUACAAGUGGAUUCUGCUGCUGCUCGGUGAUUUCAUAUAUUAUCGAAAAGCUGAAAUUCUCUGUUCACUACUUUUGAUGCUGAAUAGUAAACUAUGGGGCACUUGUAAGGGGAAGGAACAAUAGGUGUUGCCAGAAGCUGUUAGUUGCAGGGGUUUCAUCUGUAUAUACGUGACAUACAAUGUUUGGGAUUUUUGUUUGGUUUAGGUACUAGGUGGGAACAGAGUUUCCUUGAGGUUUGUAUAGGGUCUUGUGUAUAUCUUAACAAGAUGAUUGUCCUUGAAGCAUUUGUUUUCUGUAAGUAGGAUUAUCCAUGUCGAGUCUCUGAAUCUUAGUCGGGUCACCUUCGGAGGCAACAUUGUACAGUCUGCUGAGUGCUUGUGUGUGUUUUCUGGUGAAGAUGCUUUAAGAUUUAUGCGACAGUGGGGUUAAGAUUUGGGGGUGCUGUUUGUGUAUAUUGUAUAUAAACUAAUAGAAGAGUGAAAAUAAUCAACAAUCUUUGUUUUCGA